AGUAAAGACUUGGUGGUACGUGGAAGUUCUCAAGAUUAAAUUACUAAAGCGUGUGUGCAAAUGAUAGUUUUAGAUGAGUUACCAUUUAGUUUUGUGGAAGGAGAAGGAUUUUGUUAUUUUUGUAGAGUUGCAUCCCCCCAUUGGAGAGUUCCAAGUCGUAAGACGAUUGCCAAAGAUGUGCUAAACAUGUUUUACAUUGAGAAGAUGAUACGGACUACGUAUCGGAUAGGGAAGACUUAGAGCGUCUUCAAGCUCCUGAGAAUAUGGGACGAGGAAGAAGAAGAAGAAUUGAGGCGAAGAGGGAAUCGGCGAACCGAGAGGGGAGAAGGAAUUAGGUUUCGUAAAGCUUUUGACUGAUUGAAAGAAGAUGAUGGUAACUACUUGGGAUAUUCUAAAACUGACAAAUCUAACAAAGAAGAUAAAGGAAGGGAAGGUCCACCUUCUUGUGAUGAUUGGGAAAAAGCUGAGGGAUUAUUUGGAGUUAAUUUAUAGGGAGUUAGAUAAAAGGGUUGAAGACACCAUUACUGAGGUGAAGACGUUUUUGGCUUCUCUACUUAACAUGUAUGCAUCAGAUGGAUCUUCACCUUCUCAGAUAACCACUACUCGUGGUUCUCAUAAGUUUCCAGUUUCACUAGAGACCAAUUGUGUUUUACCAAUGACACAAGUUAAGAGGAAAUUGGCAAAAAAGGAGAAAAAGCGGAGAGCAAACAAAGCUGGUAUUGUAAGAAACGAUGUGGAUAGGUCCCUGAGGUUGUUCCAUCUCAUGUAUGACGUUGCUAGUUGGCACUUGGCUAGGAGGACAUCAGGGAUGAUAGUCAGACCCAUUGUUGACUUGAUAGUCAUCAUCAUAAGGGUUCUGAUAUGGGUGAUAAGGUGGAUGGGUUUGGAACGGAGGGCGCUUAGGUGAUUGGUCGUAAGAAGGCAGGCCAUAAUAAUUAUUGGAAAAAUCCAUAAUUACUACAGGUGGAUGGUGAAAAAGAAGUGAGAAGAUCGUUCUAACCGGUUUUCACCCAAGCUAAUUUGAAAAAAUUAAACUAAUACUGUUCCAUUUCCCGGCAACGGCGCCAUUUGAUGAUCGUAGUUUUUCGGGUAGUAAAGCUUCACAGUAAAG